CGUAAACUCUGUGUCCGUGUUUAAUUUUCCUUUCCGUAUUGUUCGAAAUCUGUUUCUGUUUAGUUAACAUGGUAUCAGAGCUUACCGCGGCUGAAUCGGAGAGGCUGACUGUUUGCCUCACUUCAACGAAUUAUUCUUUGUGGGAAUUUCAGUUCCGGGUGUUUGUUGAAGGUCUAGGACUGUUGGGAAUUUUGGAUGGAACUAUUCACCAACCGGCAGCAACUUGUGCCGCUCAAGAACGCACUGCUUGGUCCCAGAAUGAUGCGCGGAUCAGGUCGUGGCUUUUAGGGUCUGUGGAUUCAUCCACAUGCCUCAGCCUUAGAUUGUUUCCCACAGCAAAUAGGAUGUGGCGACACCUUGCUGGGCUGUAUUCUUCCGUCACUACGGCACGACAGUUUGAGGUUCAAAUAGCGAUUUCCCAGCUUGAGCAAGGAGGUCGUUCCGUCACCGCCUAUUUCAAUGCUGCACAGGAAUUAUGGACCGAGCAAGACAUGAUCCAAUUGGCGCUGCGUCCUCAAGAUGUGACGUAUGAUAGGAUCAUCGAAAGGAAGCAAGGUCAAGUUAUGCAAUUUCCCAUGAGAUUGAGGCCCGAGUUUGAGAACGUGAGAUCCACCAUUCUGAAUCGAGAGGAGCUGAAUUUUGAUGGAGUAUUGAGAAGCUUAGUUCGUGAGGAGACCAGACUGAGAACGCAAGCUCUAUUUGACUUGCGCCCAGGAGAAGGCGAAACUAUAGUCGCCGCAUCUGCCGCAACUUCUCGAUCAGGUAUGUGUCCGAAUUAUGGUAAUAAUUCUCAAGCUUUUGCAGUGUCGAGGCCUCAAUUUUAGAAUAGGGUGCCUAAUUCCGCACUCGAGUGCCAUCACUGUCACGAGAAAGGACACUUGGUUAAGCAUUGUCGACGCAGAAAUUACUGUGUGUACUGUAAGAGAAUGGGUCACAUCGUUUUGGAGUGCCGAUCUCGAGAGCAUAAUGCAGAGCGCUAUACUGGAGCUGUGAAACAGGCAGGGGCUGGACGCAACACUCAAGGACGUCCAUACAAGCCCUCGUAUGCAGUUGAAUCAGGCGAGUCGAGUGGUGGUACCACCGCAGCUCAAAUUGAGCAGUUGGUCCAAGCUGUAGCCGCUCUCCAGAAUUCUCUUCCUACAGCAAUUGGGUCUGCGCUGUCUACUCUCCAAGGUAAAAUAAAAUCUAAACCUUGGU